CUGCCAGUGCUUCAGACAUCAAUGUGGCAUUGAUGAUAGAAGAUCGACCGACAUCCACUCUUACUGUGGGAAGUAGGAGUGUAACUACAAGUGAUACGAUUACUGCAGUUCCGCUGCAGUUUACAAUAAAAAUUUAUACCUCUGCUGCCUCGUGUAGUGAUAGACCAAGUUUCACCUCUGCGGCGCCCACUGACGGCCAAGCUUUCAGCGUUGCUGCCAGCAACAUGUUUCAACAAAAUCUUGUCGUUUCCUCCAGUACUUCGGUAAAUAAGUUUACAGUGGUGGGGCUUACAAAUGCCGUGACGUCAUCAACGGUGACGUCUUCUGCUGGAAACACAUACAGCUAUUCCGUCAGUUGGACCGCAACCUCUGAAUACAUGGGGGCGAACGUGUUGUGCUUCUCCGCUGAAGAUACUACACGUGAGGAAUCGGCCCAGAGAUGCGUUUACGUUCAAGUUACGGAUUCCGUUACCACUGCCGCCAUCGUCACCACUGUAGAAUCGACCACCGAAACAACAACCGCUGACGUAACCACCGUCUCCGCAAGUACCGUUCACAUGACAACCAAUGCUGCAGGGACGACAACAGGAACCAACCCUUGUCUCUCCAACAACGGGAACUGUAGUGACAUAUGCACAUGGAAUGGUGGCGAUUCUUACCAAUGCAGUUGCAGUAAUGCAUGUUGGCAUUUAGCCGCUGAUCAGAGAAAUUGCAUACCUCAAGUUCAUUUCGAGUGUGGUACUAAGAUCACAGCAUCUGUUGAAAAGUGCGCUACUAGUGGCCCGAUCGCCCUCAACAGUUACGACGCUACAAGCCCACCACCGGGGUGCGCCCCAACGGAAAACGCAACUCAUAAUACUUUUGCGUUUGGGUACAAUCAGUGCGGUACAAUAGUAACGGAAAGUGCGAGCGAUAUCACGUACAAUAAUUCCGUUAGAAUGCUGAUCAGCACCGGAGCAUCUACAAUAACCCGAGAAUCAUGGUAUUCAGUCAACGUGGUUUGUUCUUUCCCGAAGUUUGGAAACCUUACCGGGCUGUUCGAUCCAACUGAUAAUCUUGUAAAUUUUCUAGCUGUCCCUGGCCUCGGAUUUUUUACGUUUUCUUUCAAAUUCUUUGUGGAUUCUACUUAUCAGUCCGUAUACACCACCGAACCUGUGAUUUACCCAUUAAACGCCGAUGUUUACUUCGCCUUGACUGCCACUGGUGGUUCGGGUCUCAGUCUCUUCACACAGAACUGCUCAGCGCGUCCGGACGAAGCUUCCUCCUCUGUUAGUUAUCCGCUUAUUUCCGAUGGGUGUCUUCAAGACUCAACGAUGCGAACAUACACAGCUCCAAACGCAAUGCAGAACAGAUUCAGCAUCAAAGCUUUCCGAUUUCUGCAGUCAAUUCCUGGGUUAACCAACGAAACCAACGUCAUUAUAUCUUGUUCCGUCAUUAUAUGCGUUGGAAACGCUCCCUCAACCCGGUGUUCACGUGGUUGUAUCAACUCUCCCAGCUCCUCCUUGGUCGGCAGAAGACGACGUUUCGUGGAUUCAGGGGAACAUGACAGGUAUCGCCGAGACUCGCGACCGGUCCAGACAAACGAAACUGUCAUCGAAACAUCUGCCCAGCUACUCACUAGCACUAGGUUUUUGGUCGUGGAAGAAAAACAAGCCACCGAGGUCUCGAUCAGCUGGCUCUUAAUUUUGUUGGCCGUCGGGGCAGCAGUUGGAGUUGCAGCGGCGCUUGGUAUUUGCUGUAGAUUGUGUUUCAUUUGCGCUGUACGAAGACGGAAAAGAAAGGGGCGAGACGCCGAAGGUCGAUCGAAUGAUGCGUUUGAACCAGCGAUGUGACAAGCUUGAAAUGCACAUAUUUUUAUAAACUUUUUAUUUCUUAGAUCUUAGUUUACAGUUCAAUGGUAUCUUUAUUAAUCAAGCCACAUUCAGCACGAAACACCGUGUGUAGUUAUGUAGUUGCACUAAAUCCUUCAUCGAGAAGAGUUGUAAUACACACAUGCGCGCAUAUUUGACAGUACACCAUUAACUAUUUAAAAAAAUACGUUCCCAUUAAGUUUUGUACUAAUUCAUUUUUAUUUAUAAAUGCGAACUGUUAAAUAGAAGUCC